AUGCUUCACCGCACCAAAUACAACCGCUUCAGGAAUGAAUCGGUGACGUCCGUCGAUGACAUUGUCCACGGCCUGUCAAUGAACCCCAAGUUGUCGGCCAGCCCUGAACCGCCUUAUGCGCCGCCGGCUGAUGUUCAGCCCUCAGCCGCCUCCAACGCCCCCGCCGCCCCGUUGGCCCCCGUCAGCCAAGACCACCCGGACGAUGGCGGUACGCCCCUGUGCACCCUCAUCAACAAGGUGUCCAACUUGAAGUUCACCAACUCGGGAAGCUUGCUCGGCAUCAAGAGUUUACCCUCGGCGGUUAAGGACCUGGCGGUGGCCAAGCUGCAAGGCGGAGGGGGUUCGGGGUCCGGCCCCGGAGCUGCGGCGGUGACGGCGGCGGCGCCCUGCCCCCCGACGACGGAGAAUGCCGCUAGCAUGAGCAAGAAGAGCAGGCUGGAUGAACUUCCACCCGGUGGGGAGGACUGGAACCCUGGACCACUAGGCAAACCCUUCAGAGGAUGGCUACACUCAAGUGAGAAGAUCUCAGGUCCAGGGGUGACGUACAUUGUUAAGUAUCUGGGUUGCAUUGAAGUGCUGCGAUCAAUGAGGUCUUUAGAUUUCACGACACGAUCGCAAAUAACAAGAGAAGCCAUCAGCUUGGUCUGGGAGGCUGUUCCGGGGACCAAAGGAGCUCUACGGAAGCGAAAGCCACCAUCCAAAGCUCUAUCCAGCAUCCUCGGGAAGAGCAAUCUGCAGUUUGCUGGCAUGUCCAUCAACCUAAACAUCUCCACCAGUAGCCUCAACCUGAUGACACCGGACUGCAAACAGAUCAUAGCCAACCAUCACAUGCAGUCCAUCUCUUUUGCAUCUGGUGGCGACCCUGACACAACUGACUUUGUGGCCUAUGUAGCGAAGGAUCCUGUUAACAGAAGAGCAUGUCACAUCCUGGAGUGCUCCGACGGUCUGGCCCAGGACGUCAUCAGCACCAUCGGCCAAGCCUUUGACCUUCGUUUCCAGCAGUACCUGCAGUGUCCUUCCAGCAAGCCUUCCUCCACACAGGACAGAGUUCUCAACGUGGAGGACUUGCCGUGGACGGAGGAGGAAGAAGAGUCCGCCGAACAUCCGUACUACAACAACAUCCCGGGGAAGAUGCCGCCCCCUGGAGGCUGCAUUGACACGCGGCUGACCAAUCAGAACGCGCCCUCAGAUGGAAGCCAGACGGGCUCAAACUCUGUGGAUCAGAACUAUUACCAAGGGCGACAUUGUGGAGAAAACUGGUCAGAGGAGAGAAAGUCUGUCUUUAUUCAACAAGGGUCCUUGGAUAUAACCAGUGAGUACAAAGGUCCGGUGACAAAAGCAGACGAGAUGCCCACAUACAUGAACACUCAGCAGAUAGACGAGCAGGUCUUGGCGGCGCUGCAAGCUGAGGCGGAACAAGUGACCAAGAGCAUGGCAGCCGUCGCCAGGGAGAACCCUCAGACGGAUCUUUUUGACAUGAAACCCUUCGAGGACGCCAUCCACUCACAGCCGAAAGCGGCUUCGCAGGUGUCCGCCCUCCACAAGGCAACAUCAGUGGACAAUUCCAGCCCGCUGCUGGCCCGCUCCAUCGCCUUCCGGGUGCAGGAGGAACUGGAAGGCCAGGCGUGGUACCGUGGCAAGAUGAGCCGACGUGACGCUGAAAAACUACUACGCGAGGAUGGUGACUUCCUGGUGCGCAAGAGCGCCACCAACCCGGGUUCGUACGUGCUGACCGGCAUGCACAACGGGAUGGCCAAGCACCUGUUGUUGGUGGAUCCUGAAGGCACGGUCCGGACUAAAGAUCACAUUUUUGACAGCAUUGGCCACCUGAUUGGCUACCACCGUGACAACAACCUGCCAAUCGUUUCAGCCGGUAGUGAACUGUGUCUUCUGCAGCCGGUAGUAUGGAAGCAGUGA